AUGUAUAAUCGCGAGUCCAAAAUCAUGCGCAAGCUCCUCGGGAAGACGUCGACUGACACCUCUUCUGGCGAUCUCUCUGUCACAACGCCCCCGAACCCAAUCUCGUCCCUCUACCGACCUCCAAGAUCGCAGAAUGCCGCUCAUUCACUUACAGUCCCCGCAUCAUGCGUUGAUGUGACAGCCGACCGCCGGUCUAUCAUCUUUGCAGGGCCUCACAUCCUCAAAACAGCCGUGGUGGACGCCUCCGAGGGCUCCAAUUUUACUGUCAAUGAUGGAAUUGACCUUCGCGCCGCUAUCACGUCUCAGAAAACGUCCGGCUCGAGGGCUAAUCUCGUGUCGGACCAGCUGAAUAUCCGCGACGUGAAAUGGCACGGAGCCUCGACAAUCUUCACAGCCUGCGCGAGCGGCCGAAUAUUCACGUACGACCUUACGCGAGUGGGCACGGCUGGCUCUGAGCCCUUCGAAUACAUACAAACUCAAGAAGACUCGCGUCAAGUGAACUCGUUGGAUGUAAACCCGCAUCUAAAGACUUGGCUUCUGUCUGGCAGCCAAGACGGUAUCGCUCGCAUCUUUGACAUCUCACAACCACACCCGUCGCGAUCUGGUGUGCUCAGCUUCAGACAACGAUUUUCGCCCCUAAAAAGCAACGAUCCAAUUCGAGAAGUUGCCUGGUCCCCAACCGUUGGCCAGGAAAUGGCAUGCUGCACUGAGGCCGGCGUGGUACUCAAAUGGGACGUCCGUCAAGCUUCACGACCACUCCUGCGAAUUAACGCACAUGAAAAGGCUUGUACUACAAUCGCCUGGCAUCCCGACGGAACUCACUUGAUGAGUGCUGGCUGGGAUGCUAAGCUACAGGUCUGGGAUCUUGGGAACACAGCCGACAAGCGCCAGAAGCCAAAAUACACACUCACAACACCAGCACCAGUUUCCACUCUUGCUUGGAGACCAAGUCUGUGGUCCAAUACAACACAAUCAAGGAGAGCAGCUCAGGUUGCGGUAAGCUAUGACGAAACAAGUAGCAGACGCUACGGCUCGUCAGUUGUACACCUCUGGGAUCUCGCUCGUCCCACCAUGCCUUAUAAGGAAAUAGAGCGUUUCGAUACAUCUCCCUCGGCGCUGCUCUGGCGCGAUCAGGACCUACUUUGGACUGUUGGCCAAGAUGGGCUGUUUACUCAGUGUGAUGUUGCAUAUGCACCGAAGACAAUUGAUCGCAGAUCCACAUCCGCCAUAGCUUUCUCACCAAGAGGAGAUGCUAUGAUGUUCUUGGAAGAAAGAACCCAGCCUAGCAGACCUAAAAUAAUGCUGAGACAAGCUGAGAUUGAUCCCAUGCCGCAAUAUAGCACAAGCCCACGGACCCCGACUUUGAGUGUGAGCAAGAGUGACUCUGAAGACGAUGUUUUGACGAGCUUCCUUGGACCUCGUCGGCGCAUCGGCCACCGUCGGAGAUUCAGCAACCGAGGAAACUCACAAUCGCAGCCAACAACCCCUAUCGAUGAUGCCAAUAAGACCCUCACUCUCGAGCAGUCUAUCAAUGUCACAGGCACAUUCAAGACGACCCAGAGCAUGGCAUGGGGCCAAAUACCCACAGUUAAGACGGCAUCCGUGUUUCAAUACAUGUCGGCCCACUAUUUGGACAUUAUAGCAAAGGAAUUACCAGGGCUUGAUGAUGAGAAUACGCUUGCACAGCGUGUUGCAAUCAUUCUGGAGCGAUUUGCUACAGUUGCCGAAGCAGCCAGCUUUUUCCGUGUUUCUCAGAUAUGGCGCAUCAUUGCCUUUGCAAUGGACAUAUUACUCAACAAGCGGGCCGAAUUCCACUUACAUGCUCGACUCUCGCACUUCCAGAAACUCGAGAUGGAAACUAGCAAAGCCUCCAACAGAUUCAAUCCACCGAGUAUCCAGCUUCCUACUAAUGGAGACGAUUCGGCAAGAAAGUCUUCUGGCCAAGCUAGUAGCAUAGAUGGAAGGAUUCACAAUGUGAGAUCGCUACUCUCUGAAGAGAUUGAAAGCACCUCAAACGUGCCCACACCUCUUGCGCGACCUAUUGACGGCAACGAUGUGGCGCACUUUGAUAACCGACAGUAUCAGCACGGCCAAAAACUAGCUGCGAUUGCCGAACCAGAAAGCCUUACUCUUGGGCCGUCUGUCCACAAGCAGUUCUCAGAGUCGCCUCGCAACACCUUUAGCUCGUCUGCAACGGACACUAUCGGUGGUGGUAGCCAAGAGUCACAUGAAUCCAUCACAGAAGGUUACGACUUUUACGAUACCGAGGCUUUGGCGAGAGCUAUUGAUGUACCCUCGACACAUUCGGAUAACGUACCGAGACGAGCUAAGGCAAUCCGUCAAGAUUCUGAAGAGAGUUUUAGCCAAAUAUUUUCCAUUUCUGAUGGAACUAAGAGAGCUACGCACAUCCCAUCCCAGACUAAUACGGCGACACGCAGCCGAAAGGAAUCGCAAUCGGAAGCAGGCAGCAGUGAGAGUAACGAUCAAUAUCCCAGCCACAUCCGUGGCGAACAGAUUGAUGAGGAGGACCAAAAUGGUACAGUUAGAAGAAAGAAACGCAAUUCUCGAACGAAUGCAGAGUCACCAGAAGAUGUGUUUAUGAUUUCACAAACAACAGCAUCUGGUGAUGGUACAUAUCCAUCGCAGCAGUCGUUUUUAUCUCAGUCAGACUCGGACCAGCUACAGUCGUUUCGCACAUCAACCAUUGCUACAGAAGCCAGGUCUCAGCGCGCGGAUAGCUUCGUUAGAGCCGAAUUUGAACACGAUCCGAGACCGCACAUUAUCGACACAGACUACUUGCCUUGGCCUAACGACCCUGACUUUGAGACACUUAAAGGUGAUAUGCCACUUCCGGCCACGCUCAACCCAUAUCUUAUCAUACAGAAUGCUCUUACUUUCGAAACCCGCACAUCCACUCUAAAUGCAUCAGCCAUGGCCCUGCUGUUAGGACCGCUGGUGCCAAAUUCUGUUAUUGACUCGCAUCAGGCUCGGGCAAUUCUGAAGCAGCAUCACAGCAGACUGAUGGGCAUGUCUUUGUUUGUCGAGGCGGCCCUUCUACGAAAGCUUUGUGUCAAGGGCUGGCCCGACGGCUUGCCUGAUUGGGGCGAGAGCUAUCCUGGGAUAUUCUCCCAGGCUCAACAGCACGUCAAGAAUGGCCUCUUCUGUUCGUCAUGCCGUAAGCCACGCGAGAGUGAGCAUGAGUCUGGAGACGCUGCCGUUUGGACCUGUGAGCGCUGCCAGGCCAUCAUGGACCCAUGUGCUGUCUGUAAGCAGCGCGACCCGGAAUUGGCGUCCUGCACGCCCGAAAUCGCCGAUGAAGACGGCUUGGAUCCUGAAAGCUGGCUCUCUGGUUGGUGGUAUUGCCCAGGCUGUGGUCACGGCGGCCACGCCUCAUGUCUGCAUAUCUGGCACGGCGAUUUGGAUGAAGAUGGGCUCGGGGCGGGCCCCGAUAAGUACAGUGAUGGAUGCUGUCCUCUAGAUGGCUGCGGCCACGCAUGCUUACCUGGCAAAUACCGGGGCGAGACCACUACAGCACGCUCUGGCGAAGUCGGGCGGGUUGCAGCAGACAGCUACAAGCCUCGAAGCUCCCCUCAACAACAACAGCAGCAGCAGCAACAGUCGCGGCGGACCAGCGGUAAACGGCGAGGAAGUCCGGAAACAUGGCGACCUCUGCCCGAACGCAGCGUCAAGAGUGACUCAAACGACGUACCGCAAAGCAAGGCCGUUGGCAUUGCCCGAGAAGCCCUCAAUAAGAGUGGCUCAUCAUUUGGUGGCCAGACCGUGUCUGGUGGUAUCCUAAGCUCCAGUCCCGGAAGGAUACCAGGAACUGGAGAGCGCGAACGACGCAAGAGCGUCAAGUUUGCAAAGUCGGAUUAA